GGCGGAGGAGGUGACGGGAGGGGAAGGUGGGGAGAUCCGGCGGCGGGAGGGGAAGCUCCAACGUCGCCUUCCUUCCUGGUUCCUGCAGCCGCGGCAGCUGCUGCCACUACUCGGCUCCGCGUGGACAGAGUCGGCGACUCGCUGAGGGUGACUCAGAGGGCGCCCAGCCCGGAGCACCAGUGUGCAUGGACCCUGGGGACCCCAUCAGGACCAGGUGACAUCUGACCCAUCCGCCACGCCCCACAUCCUCUGCAGGGAGUGGCCUCUCCCUCUUCCAUGGACAUCCCAUCCCUGGCUGAGAGCACUCAGUCCUCGAAGCCCAGCAAUGGCCAGCAGGGCUCUGAGCUGUGGGAGGUGGUAGAGGAGCCCCCAGGCAGGCUGGCAGCGGAGGGUGUCAAGGCCCAGCGGCAGGAGGGUCACCUGCUCAAGAAGAGGAAGUGGCCCCUGAAGGGCUGGCACAAGAGGUACUUCGUGCUCGAGGAUGGGAUCCUGCACUAUGCAACGACCCGGCAAGAUAUCACCAAGGGGAAGCCCCAUGGCUCCAUCAACGUCCGGCUGUCAGUCAUGUCCGUCAACAGGAAGGCCCAGCGCAUCGACCUCGACACCGAAGACAACAUCUAUCACCUCAAGAUCAAAUCCCAGGACCUCUUCCAAAGCUGGCUGGCCCAGCUCCGUGCUCACCGCCUAGCCCAGCAGCUGGAUGUGCCUGGACCCACAAAUCGCAAGGUUCCUGGCACCCAACUCCUAACAGUGGGCAGCACCUCGGCUCUGCCUGGAGUUGGAGCUCAGGAGAAGGUGUCAUCCUGGCUGAGGGACAGCGACGGGCUGGACCGCUGCUCCCACAUGCUCUCUGAAUGCCAGGGGAAACUCCAGGAGCUACACAGGCUCCUGCAGAGCCUGGAGUCCCUGCACCGCAUCCCCUCGGCCCCUGUGAUCCCCACGCACCAGGCCUCGGGGACCACCGAGAGACCCAAGAAGGGCAAGCGGACCACUCGCAUAUGGUGCACGCAGAGCUUUGCCAAGGAUGACACCAUGGGGCGGGUUGGUCGUCUCCACGGCUCUGUCCCCAACCUAUCUCGCUACCUGGAUUCCCGGGACCCUUCGGGCUCCCGGGGGCUGCCACCCCCAGAUUACGCCCACGUGCAGCGCAGUUUCUGGGCCCUGGCACAGAAGGUGCACAGCUCACUCAGCAGUGUCCUGGCCGCCCUCACCGUGGAGAGGGACCGACUGUGGGAUCUGCACCGGGGCUCCCAACCAGCCAGAUUCGGGGUUGCAGCGACCCCCGCCGGGCAGCCACGUCUCCACUCGCUGUCCAUGUCCUCCGACACCACGGCGGACUCCUUCAGCUCCCUCAACCCCGAGGAGCAGGAAGCUCUGUACAUGAAGGGGCAGGAGCUGACCCCACAGCUGUCGCAGAGCAGUGUCCUGUCCCUGGCUGAUUCCCACACGGAGUUCUUUGAUGCCUGCGAGGUCCUCCUCUCCGCCAGCUCUUCUGAGAAUGAGGGCUCAGAGGAGGAGGAAGAGGAGGAGGAGGAGGAGUCCUGCCCCAGUGAAGUCACCGCCAGCCUUUCGGAGGAGAGGCUACAGCUCAGGGCAGCUGAUCGCUGUCAGGAAGGGCGAGCCCCGGGCCCCCCGCGCCGCCGCUGCCUACCCGCCGCCAGCGGCCCCGGGGCCGACGUGAGCCUGUGGAACAUCCUGCGCAACAACAUCGGCAAGGACCUGUCCAAGGUGUCCAUGCCAGUGCAGCUCAACGAGCCGCUCAACACGCUGCAGCGGCUGUGCGAGGAGCUGGAGUACAGCAGCCUGCUGGACCAGGCCAGCCGCCUGGCCGACCCCUGCGAGCGCAUGGUGUACAUCGCGGCCUUCGCGGUAUCGGCCUACUGCUCCACCUACCAUCGCGCCGGUUGCAAGCCCUUCAAUCCGGUCCUCGGGGAGACCUACGAGUGCGAGCGGCCCGACCGUGGCUUCCGUUUCAUCAGCGAGCAGGUCUCCCAUCACCCCCCCAUCUCGGCGUGCCAUGCGGAGUCUGAGAAUUUUGUCUUCUGGCAAGACAUGAAGUGGAAGAACAAGUUCUGGGGCAAAUCUCUGGAGAUCGUGCCAGUGGGCACCGUCAAUGUCAGCCUGCCCAGGUUUGGGGACCACUUCGAGUGGAACAAGGUGACAUCCUGCAUUCACAACAUCCUGAGUGGCCAGCGCUGGAUCGAGCACUACGGGGAGGUGCUGAUCCGAAACACGCGGGACAGCUCCUGCCACUGCAAGAUUACCUUCUGCAAGGCCAAGUACUGGAGCUCCAAUGUGCACGAGGUGCAGGGCGCCGUGCUGAGCCGCAGUGGCCGCGUGCUCCACCGCCUGUUCGGGAAGUGGCACCAAGGCCUGUACCGGGGCCUCCCGCCAAGUGGCCAGUGCAUCUGGAAACCCAACUCAAUGCCCCCAGACCAUGAGCGCAACUUCGGCUUCACCCAGUUCGCCUUGGAGCUGAACGAGCUGACUGCCGAGCUGAAGCGGACGCUGCCGUCUACUGAUACGCGGCUGCGGCCAGACCAGAGGUACCUGGAGGAGGGUAACAUCCAGGCAGCGGAGGCGCAGAAGCGGAGGAUCGAGCAGCUGCAGCGGGACAGGCGGCGGGUGAUGGAGGAGAACAACAUCGUGCACCAGGCUCGCUUCUUCAGGUGCCUGCCCCAUCCCUGCCGUCCUGGGGGUAGGGGUGGCAGUCAGACCAGGCCAGGCCCCUCUGCCCAUCGCCCCCUUCCCGCAGGCGGCAGACGGACAGCAGCGGCAAGGAGUGGUGGGUGACCAACAACACGUACUGGCGGCUGCGGGCAGAGCCGGGCUACGGGAACCUGGACGGGGCUGUGCUCUGGUAGCCCCGGCCCGGGCCUCACCCUGCUGCCCUCGGCCUGGGCCCGGACACUGGGGUGAGGCCAGGCUCCCCUCGCUGCCCUGGGGCAGCCUGUCCCCUCUGCCGGUCAGAGGGCUCAGCAAGGCCGUGACCAUGAUGGGGGUGACAAGCGGAACCGCACUUCCCAGUCUUGUCACCCCGACAGCCUACAGUCGGCAUGUAAGCCUCUUCCUGUUGUCUCCCCCUUCCUGGCCUCCCGGGUGCUGGGGGACUCCAGGCUCCCAGGAUCUGCUCCCCAUUCAGUGCCUUCCUAGGACACAGGGGACCCCCUGAUGCUCCCCGGCCUCUGUGCCCAGAGCGGUAGCCAAGCUGCAGGCAGGGAAAGGAAGCAACUUUUCUUCUGCAGCCCGCCCAGCCUCUCCUCCCGGGCCCUGGCCAGCAGGCCUUUCUCCAGCUUCCUGGUCCUAGGCCACCCAUGUCCUCCUCCUGCAGCUUCCAGCUCUUUCCUCCCCAGUACACGAGGGGCUCCCUUCUGGAGGCGCCCUCUUCCAAGAGGGUACAGCCGAGGGCCAGGCACAGACCCAUGGCAAGGGAGCCAGUGCGCAUGCGUGCCUAGGUGCGUGCGUGUGUACACGCGUACGUACGUAGGUGCGUGUGUGCUGCGUCCUGCUUGCUCGCAGGGGAGUCAGCUACACCCCGGAUGCCACGGCUCCAGGCUGUCCGCUAUGUUUGCUCAUUUUCUCAGUUUGCCUCUCUAAGGUGAAUUGCUGUGACAUUCUAAGCUCCAAUAAAAAGUUUGACCUGUGA